UCAGUUCUACAUCCACCAUAUAAAAGGCAGGUAAAUCUUUGUUCUUCUAUUUUUAUUAAAGAACUCCCUUAUAAGGAAAUACUAUGAAGAUUCUUUCGGUAUUGUUUUUGGCCGUUCUCGUGGCUCAAACCUGGAGUUAUUCUUUAACAGGACCUUUGAAGAGGGGCCAAAGAUGUUUGUUGUGUACUGAGGAGUAUGAACCUGUUUGUGGCGUUAAUGGCGAAGGAAUCAGAAAAACUUUUGGAAACAACUGUGAAUUGGUCCAGUGGAAUUGCCUCGCAGGAAAAGAUUAUAAACACAUCAGUCAUGGAGUUUGUCCAGAAUCUAUAAAAUCUGGUUUAUUGAACUCAACAUGUACCAUUAUUUGUCCAAAUGACAGUCACCCUGCUUGUGGAUGUGUAAGAUCAUUCACAGGACAUUUUCUGAAAUGAUUACAACGCAGAACAAUAUUGUGGAAACAUCAUUAAAUAAUAAUUAAUUUCUACUACUCGUGGAAUUUACAAUCUUUAAUAAACAUUUAUUAUUUUG